AAUAUGGAGGACAAUCAGACAAUAGUGACUGAAUUCAUUCUGCUGGGGUUUUUUCUUGAACCAAAGAUGAAGACAUUUCUCUUUGGACUUUUCUCUCUUCUCUAUACUCUUACCCUUUUGGGGAAUUCAGUGAUCUUGGGCCUCAUCUGCUUGGACUCUCAACUACACACUCCCAUGUAUUUCUUCAUAUCACACUUGGCCAUUGUUGACAUUUCCUAUGCCUCAAAUACAGUCCCCCACUUGUUGGGAAACAACCUGGAUCCAGUCAAGCCAAUCUCCUUUGCAGGAUGUUUGACCCAAACCUUUUUCUUUCUAACUUUUGCUCUCACAGAAUGUCUUCUCCUCCUGGUAAUGAGCUAUGAUCGGUAUGUGGCAAUCUGCCACCCUCUCAGAUAUUCUGUCAUCAUGAACUGGAAAGUUUGUACUGGACUGGCUAUCACACCCUGGGGAAGUGCUGCCUUCUUGGCCCUGGUCAAUGUGAUUCUCAUCCUGACAGUUCCCUUCUGUGGGAAUCUGGAAGUCAACCACUUUUUCUGUGAACUUCUAUCCAUACUCAGGUUGGCUUGUGCCAACAUCUGGGUCAACCAGGUCAUGGUUUUAAUCACUAGUGUUUUAUUUUUACUGGGUCCCUUUUGCUUGGUUCUGGUCUCCUACAUGCAUAUCAUCUGUGCUAUCCUGAGGAUCCAGUCUGGGGAAGGACGAAAAAAAGCAUUCUCCACCUGCUCCUCCCACCUUUGUGUUGUUGGGCUCUACUUUGGUAGUGGUAUUGUCAUGUACAUGAUCCCCAAUUCUAGCAAUCCUGAGCAGCAGAAGAAAAUCCUUUCCCUAUUUUAUAGUUUCUUCAAUCCUACAUUGAACCCUCUGAUUUAUAGCCUGAGGAAUGCAGAAGUGAAAGGAGCCCUAAGGAGAGUGUUAGGGAAAGAAAGACCAAAGUGA